UAGCUUGGAGUGCUGCCCAAGUUUCUCCACUUGUUUGCCUGUCGUUGUAAGAGGGAAGGCAUAAUGAGACAUCUUAAUUCUUUUAUAUGCCUAUUACUUGCUGUACAAGUACAAAGUUUUGUUUUUUUUGUUGCAGAAAGUGACGAUGUACAUGAUUUGACAUGGAACUAUCUGGAAGACAAUGACGUAGGCAAGUUCAAUUCUUACAUUCAGCCAGCAACUCGAUUAAUCAGCAGAUACAAAAGAAACAUAGACUCUAAUGAGGAGGAGGAGGAGGAGGACGGAAAGGAUGAUAACUGGGAGGUUGAUACAGGAGAUGAAAUUAAAAUCGCCUAUUUUAAAGUAGAAACCAGAAUCACCUCCCGUUUUGCUGAAACUGCAGUUCGCAGGAAAGUAAUCAAUUCAGCCAAGACUGCGAAAAGUAUACAGUUUAAUGUUCAAAUACCAAAAAGUGCCUUCAUCACCAACUUUACUAUGAACGUCAAUGGGAUAACAUUUGUUGGCUCAGUCAUGGAAAAAACUACUGCACGAAAUCUGUAUACACAAGCCAGGUCAAGGGGCAAGGCUGCAGGAAUAGUAAGAACAAAUUCUUAUGACAUGGAAACAUUUAAAACUGAGGUUCACGUUCCACCAGGAAGCAUCAUCGAGUUUGAGUUACAUUACCAGGAAAUGCUGUACAGAAAACAAGGCUUUUAUGAGUACAACCUAUACCUUCAGUCUGAUAAACUGGUUCCGCAAUUCAAGGUUGAUAUCUACAUUUUUGAACCUACGGGAAUUAGUUUUGUUAGAAGCCCAGAUUUUCUUGGAGAUCACUUUAAAGGAGUCACUAAAAUAACACAUUCAAAACAAAAGGCACAUGUUUCAUUUAAGCCAAAUUUUCAACAACAGCGGAAAUGUGAAAACUGCACAUCAUCUAUUAUUGAUGGAAACUUUGUGGUUACGUAUGAUGUAGCUCGGGAGAAUAUUGCAGGUGAACUUCAGCUGUCUGAUGGUUACUUUGUGCAUUUCUUUGCACCAAAUGACAUGUCUCCUCUAAGUAAAAACAUCAUAUUUGUCAUUGAUGUCAGUGGAUCCAUGUGGGGAUUGAAGAUGAAACAGACUGUGCAAGCAAUGCAGACCAUACUGGAUGACCUAGGAGCAGAAGAUUAUUUUGGCAUCAUUGAUUUUAACCAUAAUGUCCGAUGCUGGAGAGAAGAACUUGUUCCUUCUGAUUCUGUUUAUAUUUCUGAAGCAAAGAAAUAUAUCCAGGAUAUUCAGCCUAAUGGAGGGACAAAUAUUAAUGAGGCCCUUCUGAGAGCUAUUUACAUCCUCAGUGAAGCCAUGGACAAUGGAUUAAUUAAUGCCCAGUCAGUGUCCAUGAUUAUUCUCGUUUCAGAUGGAGAUCCUACUGUAGGGGAAAUAAAGCUUAGUGCCAUUCAGAAAAAUGUGAAAAAAAAGAUGCGUGAGGAAUUCUCCCUUUUCUCUCUUGGGAUUGGGUUUGAUGUUGACUACGAUUUCUUGGAGAGGAUUGCCUUGGAGAAUCGCGGCAUAGCUCAAAGGAUUUAUGCUAAUCAAGAUGCUUCUCAGCAGCUUAAGAAUUUCUACAAUCAAGUUGCUUCACCUUUGCUGAAGAAAAUUGUGAUAAACUAUCCUGAGGAUGGAGUGUCUGGCGUCACACAAAACAGUUUUGACAAGUUCUUCCGUGGAUCUGAACUGGUGGUGGCUGGAAAAGUUGAAACAGAUGGAGCUUUGCAGAGUUUCAUCACCGCAUCAUCUGUGAUGGUGGACCUGUCUCUUACAGUGGAUGGGAGUGAUCUUGAUGAUAUUUUAGCCAAGCAAAAACAUGCGUUACCAGGAUUUGCACGGCAGCUCUGGGCAUAUAUAACAAUCAGACAACUUUUAGCUGAGAGGUCAUUGGCUUCAUCAGCAGCCAAAAAGAGGACAGUCACACAGAAAAUUCUUGGCCUGGCACUGCAACAUCAGUUUGUCACCCCAAUGACAGCUUUACUAGUAGAAAGUGAGAAAGGAAAUGAAAGAAUGCUAGCAGAUUCUCCUAGAGACUCCAGACAAGGCUGUUGUUCAGGUCUUACACACCAGGGAAGUUCAUCCAUUAAGCCAUUUUGGGCUCAGAGCACUGUUACUCCGACUCUUCCCAAUCAACGUGGUCCUGAGAUGGAAUCUGCUGCUCCACCUUUGGAAUCUAUUCCUCCUCACAUCACUUCAGUUGAUGGUGAUCCUCAUUUUAUAAUUCAUCUGCCAAAGAUGAAUGAUAAUAUAUGCUUCAAUGUUGAUACCAAGCCUGGCACUAUACUGAACCUCGUGUCAGACCCUGAUUUAGGAGUUGUGGUUAAUGGGCAGGUUAUAGCAGCCAAAAAAGAAAAUAAUAAAAAACUAAAUACAUAUUUUGGAACCAUUGCAACCUAUUUUAAAAACUAUAAUAUAUACAUAGAAGUGACUACUGAGAAAAUCUCUGUCAUGUCCAGAAACUACUCCCAUCUGUUUUCAUGGACCGAAUCUGGAAACAUAACCAAAAAUGGGUUAACCCUGUUUGUAAAGAAAGAUCAACAUGUUACAGUGUGCAUGAAUGAACAAAUCACAUUUGUGGUUAUGCUUCACCGAGUCUGGAAGAAACACCCAGUCAAUGUGGACUUUUUAGGACUUUAUACUCCUUCUAGCAACAUGUUUUCACCCAGCAUCCAUGGACUGAUUGGGCAGUUUUCUAAUGAACCUUUUAUAUACAUAUAUAAUAUUCAUCCUGGGAAAGAUCCACAGAAACCAGAGGCUACAAUGGAGGUGAAGGGUAAUAAACUUGAAGUCACCAGGGGAUGGCAGAAACACUAUGGUACAGAUCCUGUCAAUGGAACUGAUGUCUACUGCUGGUUUGUUCACAACAAUGGCAAAGGGAUAAUUGAUGGACAUUUCAUGGACUAUGUUGUUCCAAGUCUCAACAGCUUUCCCACACCUCCAAAGAUUGACUAUAACAACCUGAAAAAGCUGUGACAAUAUUAUUUUUGAAAUAAAGCCCAUUUAAAUAUGUGUAAAGAUAAUCUGAAUAUGUGAAAUUUGACAGCUUCAGGAUAGAAUUGUAUAAGAGAGUUGAUGAAUUUUCUGCCAAAUUGAGUAAAAUAAAUUAUAAACCUCAAAAAUGUAUAUGAUUGUAUUAGACAGUCUGUUUCCUUAAUAAAUCAUUGAAUAAUUA